AUGAACUUCACAACACUCCUCAUCAUUCUUCUAGUCCUAGUGUCAACAAUCAGCUGGUUUAUUCGCUACCGAUUCCUGAAUAUGUACUCCCGCCUUCCGCCUGAACCUCAGCGAAAAGAACCCCAAAUCGAUCUCUUCCCAGAUACCCAGGCUGGUGACUCGAAACCCGGACUGGCCAACUACCUAGACGAAUUUCUGAGCGCAAUCAAGGUAUUUGGAUACCUGGAACGCCCUGUUUUCCACGAAUUGACACGCACUAUGCAAACAAAGAAAUUGAUUGCCGGGGAGACAUUAUUACUGGAAGAAGAGAAAGGGUUUUGCCUCGUUGUGGAUGGUGCUGUUCAGAUAUUCGUAAAAUCCAUUCGAGGAGGCCAGGAUGAAUAUAGGAAGAGCCCUACAGCCGAUUGCAACGACGCAGAAGAAUCAAUGGAAGAAGAGGAACACAACGAUCGCCGGAAUCAGGGAUAUCAAUUGUUAACAGAGGUAAAAAAUGGAGCCUCAAUGUCGUCUCUAUUCUCUAUUCUGUCCCUUUUUACGGAGGAUAUCAAGUUACGUCAUAGUGAGGACACGGAGUCUAGUACCUUAAGCAUCGACCCAACACGGAGCGCACCGCCUAUCCCAAUGGCUUCUCCUCCUUUAGCGGAGAGCCCAAUGGCACCAAAUUUCCCGGGAUUCAAAGAAACUCCCCCUCGAGUGAAUGGAAACCCUUUACCGUUACCAGUCGUUCCUCAUCUUGCACUUGAAGAUAGUCAUGCGUCCUUUCAAAGUGAACUUCACACCCACCAGUAUAGGCCGAAGAGGGCGAGAAAGCCGAAAGAAAAAAAAUCUGUGCAUCCUGACAUCGUGGCACGCGCAAUGGUUGACACGACCAUUGCCAUUAUUCCUGCAAGCGCCUUCCACCGCUUGACCCGAGUCUAUCCUGGAACUACCGCGCACAUCAUCCAAGUUAUUCUUACCAGACUUCAGCGGGUUACAUUCGCCACCGCACAUUCGUAUUUAGGUUUGUCUACAGAAGUUCUUGGCAUUGAGAGGCAGAUGAAUAAAUACACCUCUUACGAUCUUCCCAACCAUCUUCGCGGCGCGGCGCUAGAUAGACUCAAAGAUAAAUUCACAAAGGAAAGGGAUCGACUCGGCCCGGAGGAAGUCACAAAAGGUAUCGCGCUGCACAAUCCCUCGGCGAGCGGAAGACGUCGUUCCAAUAGCUCUUUACGGAAAGAUGCUGCAUUAUCUGCGAAGCUUUCGGCUGUACAUGCAAGGCACUCAGUACAAAAUGUAUCACGUGUCUCUGAGAAAGAGAGUAGCGGUGUGAGCCCUGGAGAUUUACUUUCCACGAUUCACCUCUCCCGAUAUGGACCUCAAUACGGGUCCGAGCGUCUCAGGGGCUUGGCUCAUACGCAUGAAUAUCCUGCGCCUCUAAGUAGCCCUAGAGAGGCUUUCCCUUCGCCGACACUACAAGCAGAACCGCUCCCAUUCAGCCCAUCAGCACAAAGUCCCCCAUUUCAUAGACAGGAGUCGAUCGAUGAGGAUUUAAUUUUCCGUGAAUCUAUUCUCGACUGUAUGAUGACGGCUCUCGGCCUUACAGGGAGCACGAACGAGGCGUUGCGCAAAACCCAUAAUUCUGGGGAGGCAUCUCCGCAGGUAGUGUCGUAUGAUUUCAAACGGCAGAAAGCCGUCUUUAAUAAUGCUUUUGGGUUUAUCGACCCGUAUGAUUCAUUUGGUGAUGGCGAUUCUGAAUCACUCAUGUCGAUGUCCGUGACUAGUGCUGGUGGAACAUCACCUGUGGCCAACCUCAAAGCGGAGUUGCGGGACGAGAUCGAAAUUGUUUUUUUCCCGAAAGACUCUUUACUCGUCGAACAAGGAGAACGCAACCCGGGCCUUUACUAUGUUAUAGAUGGAUUCUUGGACGUUUGCAUACCGGUUAAUAAUAGAGGUGAAGAUUUGCUGAGCUCUCCUGAUGUGUCCGGCCUUCGAUCGAAUGGGUUAUUCGAACCGCUUAAAAGGCCCACGGCGUCUCGCGCUUCAUCCGCCAUAAGGGGUGGCCAAAGUCAACGGAAAGGGCCUACUAGGCGCAAAUCUUUAUAUAUAGUAAAGCCUGGCGGUAUUGAUGGAUACCUUGGGUCUAUCACUUCAUACAGGUCUUUCACCGACGUUACAGCGAAAACGGACGUUUAUGUUGGCUUCUUGCCACGGGCAUGCCUAGAGAGGAUUGCUGACAGACAUCCACUUGUCCUUCUCACAAUGGCCAAGCGGCUGACCAAUGUCCUUCCUCGUCUCAUUUUGCAUAUCGACUUUGCCCUGGAAUGGGUUCAAGUCAAUGCUGGAGAGGUCAUUCAUCACCAAGGUGACGAGAGUGAUGCGAUUUACAUUGUGCUUAAUGGCCGGCUCCGGUCUGUUUGGGAAAGGGGGGAUGGCAAUGUGAGCGUCAUGGGAGAGUAUGGCCAAGGUGAUAGUGUCGGAGAGUUGGAAGUAAUGACUGAGUCGUCCCGGCCCGCUACCCUUCAUGCGAUCCGCGAUACGGAAUUAGCUAAAUUCCCCAGAACGCUCUUUAACAGUCUUGCGCAGGAACAUCCCAGUAUUGCAAUACAAAUAUCGAAACUUAUUGCCCAGAGGAUGAGACAUCUUAUCCAUGACCCACUUAUGGAGAAACCUACCGACAAAGGUACACACGAGAGCGCAAUGACCGGGACGUCGACUUUGAAUCUCCGAACGGUUGCCGUAUUACCAGUUACAGCCGGGGUUCCCGUUGUGGAAUUUGGAAAUCGACUGUUGAAUGCGUUCAACCAGAUCGGGGUCACCAACGGAGUAGCUGCUCUUCAUCAGGCUCAUAUCCUAAAUCAUCUUGGACGCCAUGCAUUCAGCAGGAUGGGCAAAUUAAAGCUUUCCCAAUAUCUAGCAGACCUGGAAGAAAAAUAUGGUAUGUUACUUUACGUAGCAGAUACAAAUGUUAACGCGCCAUGGACCCAAACUUGUAUUGCCCAGGCAGACUGCAUCCUCUUGGUUGGAGUUGCUGAAGAUUCUCCCAGUAUUGGCGAGUAUGAACGGUUCCUUCUUGGCAUGAAGACCACCUCCAGGAAAGAACUCGUGCUCUUGCACCUAGAGAGAUACUCUCCUCCAGGUCUGACCAGACAAUGGUUAAAAAGUCGUAUGUGGAUCAAUGGGGGACACCACCACAUUCAAAUGUCGUUCCGCCCAGCCACCGAACCCGCGCAUCCUGUGACAAAGCGCUUUGGCACCGUGUUAAAACAGAGAGUUCAAGUUUUGCAAGCUGAGAUUCAAAAGUAUACUUCUCGUCGUAUCCACCAGACCCCGCUCUACUCCGCAACGACUCCAUUCAAAGGCGACUUCCAUCGGCUCGCCCGUCGCCUCUGCGGAAAAUCUGUUGGAUUAGUUCUAGGAGGUGGAGGGGCACGCGGUAUUGCCCACAUCGGAAUCAUAAAAGCCCUGGAGGAGGCUGGCGUCCCAAUCGAUAUGGUUGGAGGUACGUCAAUAGGCGCCUUCGUUGGCGCUCUGUACGCAAGGGAUGCCGAUGUCGUACCUAUGUAUGGUCGUGCGAAGAGAUUUGCCGGCCGCAUGGGAAGUAUCUGGCGCUUCGCUCUCGACCUCACCUACCCAUCCGCCUCAUACACCACCGGCCACGAAUUUAACCGCGGCAUCUUCAAAGCCUUCGGCGACAGCCAAAUCGAAGACUUCUGGCUCGAAUUCUACUGCAACACAACAAACAUCAGCAAAUCGCGCAACGAAUUUCACUCCUCCGGCUACGUAUGGCGCUACGUGCGCGCGUCGAUGUCCCUCGCCGGCCUCCUCCCUCCCUUGUGCGACGAGGGCAACAUGCUCUUAGACGGCGGCUACGUUGACAACCUGCCUGUUGCCCGCAUGAAGUCACAAGGGGCAGAUGUCAUCUUCGCCAUCGAUGUCGGCUCCAUCGACGACAACACCCCGCAAGCCUACGGUGACUCGUUAUCCGGUUUCUGGGCGCUUGUCAAUCGCUGGAACCCUUUCUCGUCGCUCGCGAACCCACCCACACUUUCUGAAAUCCAGGCCCGCCUCGCGUACGUCUCCUCCUUCAGUGCAUUGGAGACAGCAAAAACUACACCCGGUUGUCUAUAUAUGCGGCCUCCUGUUGAUGCAUUUGGGACACUGGAUUUCGCUAAGUUCGAUGAAAUCUAUCAAGUUGGCUAUGCGUAUGGGAAGGAGUUUUUGGAGAAGUUGAAGAACGAGGGUGGGUUACCAUUACCAGAGGAGACGGAUGAAAAGAGAAAUUUAAGAAGAACUAUGGCGCCUAGGAGGGCGAGCAUUUAG